UGAGUUUAUCUUUUGAAUUAUAUAUGUGCAUAACACAGACGAGCUGGCUUUGUUUACUUUCUCUUCUUCAGUAUGCCAAAUUCGUUAGUUUGUGUAAUAAGAUUUUAUUUAUUUCUCAAUAUUUACAUAUUACGAUUAUUAAAUUAUUCUUGGGUUGUAUUGAAAAAAUUGAUAUAAUCCAAUCAACUUCCGCUUGGAAGAUCCAAAUAUUUUAGAUCAUUUAGGCAUAUCAACAAGCUGAUACCAUAAAACAAUCGAUUUACUUAUAAUCUAAUAAGGUAAAAAUGAAAUUAAUAAACUACAUUGUCAUUUUAUAAAAACAUUCGUUCUGGGAGAUAAUUUAUUUCUUCCAUAUUAACGUGGUAACUAUCCAUUGCAUUACGUAGCAAAAGCUGCAGGUCUACAUUUUACCUUGUAAUCUUUUAUCUAUGCCCACUAUUUCAUCGACAAUUAAACGUAAUUGGUUCGAUGUAAAUUGAUAAUUGCCAUGAACUCUGCUUCAACUGCACCAUCUUCUCGUUUUACGCACCUAUUUGAUUUCAGCUUUUGAAAAUUUCUAUUCGGUGACUAUGAUAAUCAAUUACAAUAAUUGAUUGAUCUACGACACGUCUCAAGACUCAACGGAUUUGAACAACAGUUUGAAGCGGUUUGCGUUUAUAUCCAUUUCUCUUUUCAAAAAGAUCAUCCAACUCCCUUUCCAAGAAUUCCCUAUAUGAAUUACUAUAAAUCGCCCUCUUUUCCCGUCGAUAAACCUUCAAGAACAGUUUAUCCAGUGCUUUUCAUGGUUGUGACUACUUUGUUUACUAAAUCUUCUUCUUAUUCAUUUUUAAGAUCUCAUGAUCUGUUAGUUUUGCAAUUUCCUCUGUAUCAUUUCCUGGGAGGUGGACUGCCAGCUGUCCAUCCAUCUCUUAGGUGGUCGUCCGGUUUCUUCUUCCAUUCUUCUCACGUGGGCGUAAAAGUAUCUUUUUCUUUGUCUUCACGAUGAUUAAUUCCUGGCUCUUUAUAAAUGCCUAUAUGAAGGCGUCUUAGGAUUGCGAUUACAAUGAGGCAAAGGCAUUUUAAAACAUAAGUGAAUACGACGUGUAAAAUCAAAUUUAGUCGAUAUCUCCCGCGCGUGCCUAACCUCUAGAAGCAGCGUAGCUCGGCUAAAGACGAGUUAGGUGUCGUUCUGGAUGAUUGAUUCGGUGAAACCUCCGAUCAUAAGUGCCCCCCAGAAAGUUACAAUGGGGCAAAGGCAUUUUAAAACAUAAGUGAAUACGACGUGUAAAAUUAAAUUUAGUCGAUGUCCCCAGCGCGUGCCUAACCUCUAGAAGCAGCGUAGCUCGGCUAAAGACGAGUUAGGUGUCGUUGUGGAUGAUUGAUUCGGUGAAACCUCCGAUCAUAAGUGCCCCCCAGAAAGUUACAAUGGGGCAAAGGCAUUUUAAAACAUAAGUGAAUACGACGUGUAAAAUCAAAUUUAGUCGAUAUCUCCCGCGCGUGCCUAACCUCUAGAAGCAGCGUAGCUCGGCUAAAGACGAGUUAGGUGUCGUUGUGGAUGAUUGAUUCGGUGAAACCUCCGAUCAUAAGUGCCCCCCAGAAAGUUACAAUGGGGCAAAGGCAUUUUAAAACAUAAGUGAAUACGACGUGUAAAAUCAAAUUUAGUCGAUAUCUCCCGCGCGUGCCUAACCUCUAGAAGCAGCGUAGCUCGGCUAAAGACGAGUUAGGUGUCGUUGUGGAUGAUUGAUUCGGUGAAACCUCCGAUCAUAAGUGCCCCCCAGAAAGUUACAAUGGGGCAAAGGCAUUUUAAAACAUAAGUGAAUACGACGUGUAAAAUUAAAUUUAGUCGAUGUCCCCAGCGCGUGCCUAACCUCUAGAAGCAGCGUAGCUCGGCUAAAGACGAGUUAGGUGUCGUUGUGGAUGAUUGAUUCGGUGAAACCACACAUCAGAAGUGCCUCGUUUGAGUUCGUGUAAGGAUAUAGUUAAAAGAGGAUAUUAUAAAACGGUUGCGGUAAACAGAGGGACGUAGGUAUGUUGGUUUUAUCUAAAAUGUGAAAAAAGAUAUAUUGGGGAAGAUCAGGUUAAUUGAAGGCAGGAAAGUAGGAAGGUUAUGAAAGAAAGACAAAAGGUAACGUAGAAUUCCGUAGGUCAGGUGUCGCGUUGGUCAGUCGGGGGGCGAAGGAUUAUUGUUUUAUUGUGGACGUUGGUUGGAGAAACGGUCGAAUGAUGAGAAAUGUCGUAAAGGAAAGUGUAUCCUACCACACUUAUUUCCUAGUUAAGUUUGUGCUUCCUUUUAAUAUUGGAAAUUACGUUGUUGUCUUCGAUUGUAGCAAAUAUCUCGAUGAUAGAUGACAGAAUUUUUUCAUUAAAACAAAAAUUAUGUACUGUUUGGUUAUAGUAAUAAUAAUUUUAGUAUUUAAUGUCAGGAAUCGAUUAAAAAUCACUAAAGUUUAGCAUCUACCCGUUGUAAACAACGUUAAGGAGAUUAUGAUUAUAUUUAAUUUCAUAUGAUGUGCAUAAACAAAUAAAUUCAUCAUUUCACUUUAUUAAUGCCCUUGAUCUGCUUUCGUAGACUUUUGGCAUAUUUCAGGGGUCAUGUUGACCAUCUUUAUUAAUAGUAUCUAUUUGUGUAACUCGCAGAAAUUUAUUUUUCGUGCAAGCAAAAUUGCACUUACUGAAAUGGGCGACUUAAAAUUAUAAUUUUUUGGUAAUUUAGGGAUGCGGAUUUUUCUUUGUCUUUUAUUUAUCUUUAUUGGUCAUUGUGAUUGUCGUACAGCGCCAUUUUACAAUUAACGACUAGAACUACAAAAAUCAAAAUCUUUUCUUCACUCCUCGGUCGAGUGGUCGAGCUUGUCCACUGAUUACAAGUCGAAUGCAACACCGAUCAUUUGCCAUGAGUCACGUACGACAACUUUUUGUCAUCAAAUCGUUGCUAAACAAACCGUUCGAUAUAGAUAGGUUUAGCGCUGAAAUACUAGAGGAAUUUGCACUAUGGGAUCACAUUAAAAUAAUAAAAUUUACGUUCAAACUUUCUUUGAAGCAACAUAAACUAUAUAGUCUCUUUGUCGAAAUCCAAGUUGACUUGGCGAUUAUGUAGAUGUAGAUAAAUAUGUAUGUACCCAGUAUGUUCAGCUGAUCUGUUAAUCCCACUCCUCCAGAAUGUGGGAUGGCUGUAUCUGCCACCUUCGUCUUCUAUUUCAUACGCUCCCAGAUGUAGUGCUUUGGAGUUCCGUAGUUUGGUACUUCGAGAGAAUGUGGAUAGCUGUUUCGCCCUCUGUGCAACAAAAUCUGCACUGCAAUCUGCUAAAUCUAGCGUAUGCAGGUGUCCAUGCCUCGAUAGGACCAGAAUAUGGAUCAGAAAUUGAAUUCCUAAAGUUUUCUUGCUUAGUUUGAUGAAAAUCGGUGUACGAAAUGCAUAAAAAUAUACGUCUAAAGUAUUUUUUUAUUAUUUAAUUAACGAAUAGAUUCAAUAGUUUACCUUGAACUCUUAGACGCCGCUUCCUGGACGAUAUUGAAAAUAAUUUUAAAACCAGUUCUUAAAUUUUAUUCAGUAGCACAAUUUAUUUUUAAUAUAAGUCAUUCAUAAAGUGAAACUUGUUUACUUUUGGUAUGUAAACAAAUAAAUAUAUUUUAGUAUUAUUAUACUCAGAACUAACUCACUAUGCAAUAUUCGAUAAUUUUAUUCAAAACGUUUGUUUCCUGAGUCCUAUGGUAUCAGGUAUCCAAUAGGAACGCCAAUAACGGCAUAGUUACCCAAUGACGUUCAUUAAAAAAUUUUUUCAAUCCAUUGUUUUGAAAAUAACAGAAGUAGCUUCACUUAAAUGGCUGUAACUUUUUUCUGACUAAUCGAAAUGACUUUUGACAGUUGGUACUUCAUAAACGUCAUAUGGAUUUGACAAUGGCAGUGCCAUCUGUGUGUCAGUUUUACGAUUUAUCGAAAAUGGAAUAAAAACAGAAGCAGAAACAUUUUUGAUGAAACAGUGUCACUUAAUUUCCGAUAAUAAAUAUAAUGAAAUUUUUAUUUGAUUUAUUGAUGAAAUUACCGACUGUAAUUACUUUGAAUUGGAAGUGUGGUGCCUACUAUAGGUUCGUUCCAACCCAUCAAAGAACCGUCCUUGGUACGGUGACGAUUCUGCGCAAUAGAGAUUACGUGUUCCAACCGUUACACGAAUGAUUCUGUUUUGUGUUCCGACCCACUUAGACAUCGUUCGUGAUCGUUUCCGGGACGGUGUUUUCGAUACUUGGUUGAUGGUAAGUACUGUUAGAGGAACCGUACAUAGCCGGAUAUUGCGCAGAAACGUUACUUAAACGCUUCCGAGAACGGUUCAGGUUGGUACAAACAUACAAAAAACUAUCUCUCUUUCACCUUACGCUUGUCCUAUUAUUAGAUGUGACUUUGGUCUCAGAAUUCCGAUUACCUCAGAACAUUUAAACACAGUAGUGGCUUCUCCAUUAGAUUGAUAUUAUAGCGAACCUCAUUUAUUUUUCAACAAAUUUUAAGGGCUUAAAAACAGAGCUAACCAAUAAUUAUUCAUGAAGGCGUUUUUACGAGAGAGUUACUUACUUACAUGAUAUAGGACACGAUAAAUACUUUAGCUCGCAGUGUAUAUGGCACAAAAAUAUUUUUUCCAACGUUUGCCUUCAUCAUUACUUCUUUAUUUAUUUAAAAUCGUAUUCCACCAAGUUACUACGAGGUGUGGUUGUUAAGUAACGAAACUAGUGCCGUUAAAGAAAAAGUACGCAAGCGCCAAAGGUUAGCGACUAUCAGCUGUUUAGCUUGAAGCUUAUUCUUUCGAAUGCGAUGCCUACCGUGGCUGUCUGUAUGCAAAUCAGUGUAGCCGUGGCCUACGUUUGUAUAGGUGCUGCUUUGCUAUAAAAAUAGACUUACGGUUUGUUGUGAAAUUUGUUUGUGGCAACGAAUGUUUGUCGCAUCCACGUGUUUGUGAGUGUUUUCAAGAUGGCCGAAUGUAUACGAAUUGACAAAGAAUGUUUGCGAACAUUUUACGUGAAAAUUUUAACACGUAAAAUUUUCUAGCCAAGUACAACAACCCAAUGUCGAAACACCGGAUAUUACACCGUGCGACAUCUACUUCUUUCUUAAGGUCGAAUCUACGUUAAAAGGAACAAGAUUUGAGGCUGUUGAGGCUGUUAAAAGCAGCGCGCUUCCUGAAGUUAGUAACUUUCUGCACCUUUUCGAACAAUGGAAAAUUCGCAUGUAGCGAUGUAGGAAUGGAGGAGGGGAAUAUAUAUUGAGUAUUUUAUACCACCAGUCUCGUUAUUGAAUAGCCACACCUUGUAUUUUAAGUUUAACAGAAAGUAAACGGUGAGAGCGAGAUCAGGUGAAUAGGGGGGCGAGGCAAUAAAUUGUAAGGCAAUUCGGUUAAUUUUGCUGCAAUAAUAGCGGACGAAUAGGCAGGCGCUUUAUGGUUAUAGAACAAAAUAUUUUUCUUCGACAAAUAUCUCAAUUUCAUAUCAGUAAAUCGGCAUAAUAUUAGCCAGUUAUUUAUUUGUCUUUUCCAAAAUAUUGGACAAAGAUUACGCCUUUGCAAUAACAAAACUCUCUAGCUACGACCUUAUGGCUUGAGUAAGUUUGACUAUCUUGGUAGCAUAUUUCUCGAUGAAGUCAAUUAUUUCGACUAUAUUCGAUAAAAUGCCCUUCUCAAGUAUCAUCUACUAGAAAAAUUCAUUGAGAAUACGUUUGAAGGUAUCCAAACAUUCGUUUAAAUUUUUUAUGCAAUCGAGCUUUUGAUCAGCAUCAAGCAAUCGGGGAAACUAGCUUGUAGAGAGCUUUUCUUAUAGGAAUACGGAAUACUUUCAAGAUAAUUAUCAAAUUCUCGGUUUCUUUAAUUGUAAAAAAUUAUGUUCAAUCAACCUCUUCGUAGGAGUAUUAAAACUGAUGUCAUAUAUACGUCAGGUGAGUCACUCUUUUGUGAAAGCGUCCCCGUGUUGAAUUAUAAUUACGUCCUAUUGUACAUUAAGCCCUUAGAUUAUCAUUAUUUUAGUGGGGAUCGCAUUUAGAUGCGCACUGUAUAAUAUGGUAUGAUUGUUUGAUGUUAAAUUAGUAUUAGCUUUGACGUUGCACCGAAAAAUUGUUGUUGCGUUCCCUAAGAUGACCCAUCGCCGGGCUCGGUGUUUUUAUGUGCCGUGCUUUUUUGGCUGGAUUUCAAAAAUUGUGUAUCAUAUCUCUCUCUGUCUCUGUUAGAAAUUCUCGCGAUAUGAACCGCUAACUUCGAUGAUUAUUUUAGUGGAGCGUGGUCAGAGGUGAAGGUGAUUUGCUUUUCCGAUAUAUUUUAUAAACUUGUUGUGAUUAUGCAUACCACACGAGUGAGGUUCAGUGAUAUAUUGAAAAAAAUGAAAAAGAAAACUAAAUUGUGUAGUGGGAGUGAUUUUAAUAAUAAAAAGGUACUUCCUAUGUCGGAGGAACUACGAAGAGCCUUUUAUUCAUCAUCAGCAGCGCCCUCAUUAGAUAUAGAACUAACCCCACCAGACUUAGUUGGUACAACAGAAAUUCUCACAGACCACCACAGAGAAAAUCUUUGUAGGCAUCUACCUGCCAGAGCAGAAGGUUACUCUUGGACGUUAAUAUUUAGUACCAGUCAACAUGGUUUUAGUUUAAAUUCCAUGUACAGGAAAAUGUUCAAACUCGAGUCGCCCAUAUUAAUGGUUAUAGAAGACACAGACAAUAACGUAUUUGGUGCCCUAACCUCAUGUGCCCUGCAAGUAUCGGAUCAUUUCUAUGGUACAGGUGAAUCCCUAUUAUUCUCCUUCACACCUGAAUUUAAGGUAUUCAAUUGGACUGGAGAAAAUCUAUAUUUUAUCAAAGGAAACAACGAGAGUAUUAGUAUCGGUGCCGGUGAUGGUAAAUUUGGUCUAUGGUUAGAUGGCGACCUCUACAUCGGUAGGUCAGAGUCUUGCAAGACUUAUGGUAAUGAUCCGCUUACACCCAAAGUUGAUUUCAUGGUGAAGACGCUGGAAUGUUGGGCAUUUAUUUCGAGUUAAUUUGUGAUUGAAGUAGGAGGAUGUAGAAACUCGCGUUAAACAGUGGUGCAUAUCAGGGAUGGAGCAAAAAACAUAUUAUUUUUACAAACUAAUAAAAAAAGAUUUACAUUUAGCCGGAGCUUUAGUCAUAGUACCAAUGAAACACAACUGCACAACUAUAUUUGUUGGAAACAUCUAAAAGAAAAAAAAUAUUGUAGAAAAAAAUGAAGAUAUAUUUAUUGUAGAGAGGUAAUGGCUGCCGUACACUUAUUAUGGCUCGUUAAAAUUAGUUUUUUAUGAAUAAAUAAUGUUAUUAUUGAAUAAAUUGUUAAAGGUAUAUUAUACAGUGUACGCUUAAAUAGUUCGUCAGAUAUCAAUAAUGGCAAAAUUACCGGAAAAUCAUUUCCAAAUAUUUAUAUUGGUCUCUUUUAUAAUCCAAACACUUAUUUAGAAACUUAGUAAAUACGUUUAAGGAAAUUAUAAAAAUAUAUAACUAUAAUUAUUAACAUUAAUGUAUAUAUUAAAAAAAUUGAUGUAGAUAUCUGGCAAGAAGCUCUUCAAAUAUAUUGUUUAAUACAUUUAAUUGGUAUCUGUAUGUCAUUUUUAUAACUAAAUAGGGAAUUAUCGGAACAAAACCGAUUUUACUUACCUUUUAAUGAAAAAGACUUUAAAAAAUAGAGUUGCGAUCAAAUUCUUACUAACUAUAACGAGUCAAUGAAUUAACAAACAAAAAAUAUUACAUAUUACUUUUAUUGCCUAUAAGCUCACAAAAAUUUUUUUCGAGAAAUACUGAACUAAUGUUUUUUGAAUGAAAUUUUUCUCAAGUAAAAUUUUUUCGUAACAUUAACACCGUUUUCCAUGAAUUCCAGUAGAAAUAAAACAACAACAUCGCUGUCCGAACUUUCCAACAUACCUAGACCAGAAUAUAUUUUCGAAACAGCCUCUUCGAUUGCGCUUUCUUUCUUCUAACGAUUCUUAUAUUAUGUAUAUAAAAUUUUUCUAAUCCCACUCCACAUAGAUUAAAAGUAUAUAAAUAAGUACAGGAUCCGUAGCGGUCAAGAUUCUUAUACUAUAUUAUUCGUAUGUAUGAAAUUUAUUCGCCCCAUCAGUUUGACACUAUUUUUGACAGAUUUAUAUUCAAAUUUCCACAUUCAUUGGAAGAAAGUGAAGUAAAACUAUUCAAAAUAACUCAUAUUAGUAGUAAAAAUGAAAAUAUUUAGGCACACGAUAAAGUAACAGUAGCCACAUCGUCAAGACCCAACCUUUCAUAUGUUUUUUGGGUACACUGAACCAAUGUUGCCAUAUUAUAACUAAAAUUAACGAGAAAAUGUAACACAAAUACGCUUCCUUAUAGAAACUAAUUAUUAUUCAUUUAUAAUUGAGUCUAAAUUUGAUUUUGACUUUUACACAUUCUAUUAUAGAAACAAAAUUACUAAAAUAUUAAUUUUUUUUUUAAAUAUUCAUAUCAGACUUAUACAAAUUUAAAAUACAUACAUUAAAUAGAUCAAUAAGGAGUAAAUGAUUUGUGAAUGGACAAAUUUUUUUAUGCUAAUUUACCAAAUGUGUUAUAAUGCUAAAUCUCGACUGCAGUACUUCCAAGUUCAGACCACCCCUCCAUCAUAACAUCUAUAUCUUAUUUUGCAUUUACAUAUAAGUUUACUUCUUUAGACGUAUUAGACAGUUUUAGAAUUACAAAGCUUGCCAGAUUUUUUACAUUUGCACUUAUCAUCAUAUUCACCACUUAAUUUGGAAAAUAUCCCAACUCGUAAUGGUAAAGGUGAUAAAUAUGACUAUUUAAAUCAGAUUAUUUAAUAAGUCUUCAAAUUUAUAGUUAUUCAUUACUUUAUAUCUGUAAAAGUUAUACAGAUCUUAAACAGCAUCAUAAAAUAUAAUUUAAGUAAAUUCCAUACCAGAAGCUACGCCUUUUAUAAGUAUAACACCAUUUUCAACACUGAUGGAUGAUCAGAUUUAAAUGAACGAACCCUUAUGACUGCCCUGCCUUAUUGGGCCAGUAGAAUACAGUUUUACAGGUUUUUUUUGAGUAGUUACUACCUAACCUAACCCAACCGAACCUUUUUUGCCGUAUAAGAUAGGAUGGAAGUUAAUACCUUCCUCGAAGCGGGUAGUGCAAUUCUGUAAGUUCGUGUGGGACUUUAACCGCACUAAACCACCCUCCUCUAGCACACCAUGAGAGUUCAGUACUACGGGAGGACAUGUAUAUGUCAUAACGUCGACGUACCUCCCAAACCCAACCGAACCAUUAUUUGUUUUCUUAGUAUCCGUAAUAUUAAGUAAUUUGAAAUUAAAAUGCUCAGGCGUACCAACCAUUAUUCACGUGGUUAGGUAAGGGACUUUUAUCACCCCUUUACGAGUUGUAACCAGUAAAUUUGAUAAAUAUAAAAUAAUUUAUCAUAUUUACCAAAUUCAGUGGUGAUUCUAUAUAUAAGCAACGAAUUUAUUACUUAACAUAAUAUAUAAGUUGAAGAUUUUGACUAAAUAACUAGAAAACAUGCUGUCAAAAUCAAAAUAAUCUCAAACAAAUAUUAUUGUUCGGGUAAUUUUGCCUUCAAAACUCAAAGUAUUUUUUAAACAGAGAUUACUUAUGCAGAUCAAUGUAGCUUUGAUUUUUUUUACUUUUUACUUUCCAAAUGUGGAAUUUUAGUUUACCUAGUCAUUUUUUUUUUGUUAAUCUGGUAACCAGAUGGUUGAAAGUAUGUGUGGUAUAUUAUUGAAAUGUGUAUGUUUACUGUUAACGUAAGUACAAUCCCUGCAACUCGGCGUUCCGAAAGAGUUUCUACAAUAAUGUUCAAUUUCAUCAUUUCCAAGGCAAUCAACUCAGAUUUUUGUAUGUGAUAACAACAGUAUUAUGAUAUAUGUUCAAUUUUGACUAAUAUUCAGGGUAGUCACAUGAAAAUAUAAGAAUAUCACAUAAUUUCAAGUCGCUUGUAAUAAUCUUGAACAAAAUUACUUAUUGAAAAAGCCGAGAUGCAUGGAAAAAACUUGGGUUUGUCGCUUAGCUUACAACGAAUGACUGUUAGUAGUAUAGUUAGGGGAACCACUUGAAGAAGUCAAUUUGUGGUUUUUUAAGUGUUUUUUUUUAAAUAAGUUUUAAUUUAAAGUGUUAUAUACAUAUAAUAAAAUUUAAUGAACCAAUAAAGUUUUCAGUAGUA